UUUCAGGCUCGAUCCGAACCACACGGUUCGUACUCACCCGAACCUCCGCUUAGGUCCAGGGCCUAGGCUCUCAUUCUACAGUUCGUUGAAAAUUUCACACGAUCACUUUAUCUCUCUCUGAAUCCCUCAUCUUCUCGACCUCCCCCGUUUUUCUCACCGAUUCAAACCCUAGUUCCGAAGUUAAAGCUCUACGAAGCUCCGAUUUUCAGCUCCACCGACGUCUCUGCUUCAAUGUUCUAAAUUUUGCGUUUUAGUAAGGAAUUUUGGGUUUUAAACGUGAAUAUCUUCAAGGGGUUUUCUUAUUUAUCCAUGCAAUGUAUGUAUAUUCGUGUGUUUAGCCUGAUUUUUAGCUGGUUAGUUGUGGUGACGACUGUGGCGGCUUGGAUAUGCCAAAAGCUUGGUUGACUUGAUGGAAGUGUGACAUGAGAUUACUUCAUAUAUGCUGAAAACUACACACAAUUGGGACCUCAAGGGACUGGAUUUGUAACCGAAGCUGGUUAGGUUUUUAUAUUUUGGAUACUUGUUGAAGGUAAAUCUACACGACACCUUGUUUUAGCCUCAAAACUUGGGGCCUGAAUCAUUAAUGCCUGGCAACGGAGUUGGGGAUAGGGUUCACAAUUUCUUUGCACAAGACAACCUAUCCCAGGGCCCACGUGGGGAUGGGAAUUGGCCUUUAAAUGACAAUCUGUGGGCUGGUAAUCAGAAACAGUUUGGUGUCUCAGAUUCGAGUCCAAGAAACUUCAAUCCACAACAAUCAGAAACCGAGAGAGGACACGGAAGUCAACGUGUUGACCCUCAUCUUUUCAACCUUACACAAACAAGGCCUGAGUUUGCUAAAAAUUUGUCCCUCCACGAACAGUCAAACUCAAAUGGCUACAUGUAUGGACGCCAAAACUUUCAAACACCACCAAAUGAAGCAAAUUUUCUGGGAGUGGAAACAGAGUAUGGUCGAAACAAUGUAAACCAAAGGGGCUUUCCAUUCUAUGAGUCACAACGGGAACCUGUUCCCGAAGAACCUCCAAAGAAUCCAUUUAGGUCAGAAGCUUCAGAAGCUCAUAGUGGUUUUGACCUUUUUGGAGGUCAAGGUCAACAUCAAAUGAACAAUCAAUAUCCAGGCUUUAUGCAACCAUUACAACAACAACAGCAGCAGCAGCAGCAGCAGCCUGGAUUCGGUGACAUACAGCAACUUCAACAUCAACUGAUGCUCAGGAAGAUGCAAGAGCUUCAAAGACAAGAGCUACAAAGGCAAGAGGAGCUUCAAAGACAACAACAAAACUCAUUAAAUCAAGCUUCUCUCUUUGCAAGACAAGCUUCCGGAAGUCACAUUAAUGGCACUCCAACUUCUGAUUGGGCUGAGGUGGCAGUUGGUAAUGCCAACACAAACUGGUUGCAGCGUGGUUCUCCGCAGGUGCAGGGUGGACUUGCGUUUUCCCCUGAACAGGGUCAACCCCAGCGGUCAAUGGGUUUUGUUCAUCAACAAGUUGAUCAGUCCUUGUAUGGAGUACCUGUGUCCAGCUCACGGGCGCCUCUAAACCAAUUUCCACAUCAGCAACCACAAAAUCCAUUUCCUGGUAACCACUAUGUAAUUCCAGAACAGCAAGUUGUCCCUGGUAAAAGUUUAUUUGGAAACACAUCUGGACAAGGGCACAUUCAGCAAGUAAAAGCCUCCUCACAGAAUGUAGCACAGGAUCUAUUUGGGCCUGUAGUAGAGGAUAAAUCAGCAAGUGGUGAAGCUGCUUUAGAUCCUGAUGAGGAGAAGAUCUUAUUUGGUUCAGAUGAUACUAACAUUUGGGAAGCUUUUGGUACUAGUAAAAACACAGGUGGAGGUGUCUCUAGUUUAUUGGAUGAUAAUAAUGAGUUUGCAAGUGGUUUGCCUUCUUCUCUUCAGAGUGGUAGCUGGAGUGCUCUGAUGCAAUCUGCAGUAGCAGAAACGGUUAGCAGUGGUGCAGGUGUACAGGAAGAAUGGCCUGAUUUGAAUUUUCAGAAUCCUGAAGUUCCAUUGGUCAAACAGAAUGAUAUGAACGUGCCUAAUCCUGGAUCUGUUCCUCUCUCUGAUGGUGGCAAUAUGAACAAUAAGCAUCGUGGAAACAUGGGGUUUAAGAACAAUCCAUAUGAGAACGAUGAGAGAUUAAAUAUGAAUCAUUCUAAACAGAUGAAUCAAAAUACUUCAGGAGGAAGCAAUUGGUUAAACCGUGGAGCUCAAGAAAGCCGGCUAUAUGAAAGCUCUCAGCAGCAGCAGCCAAAUACCAAACAAAAUCAUUGGAAUGCGAAUGAGUCUGCUCCUCCACCUUCUAACACUGGUUUCAAUAUCAAUGAGGAUAACAGUUCACUGCAGCAAUCUCAUCAGAGCAAUGAUUGGAAGAGAGUGAUGCAGAAUGGAAUGGGUCAAGGACAAGGUGAGGGUAUAUCUGGUAUUAAUUCCCGUGUUCAUCCCAAUGUUAACAGGGAGACUGUAAACAGAGGAGGUCUUGCUCCAAAUUUAGGCAGCAACCAAUUUUCUCCAAACAACAAUCAACUUAAUUACUGGAAACAUGUUGAUUCUAAAUCUAGAGGAAGUGAGAACUCAGAGAGAUCACAGGGUCGGGUGAACAAGGGCCCACAAGUGUCUGAAUCAUCGUUUAAUAGCUCUGAUAAGGAAGAUUUAAAGAUGCAUGAGAGGGAGAACUCUAAUGACAGUUACAGGUCAAGUUCAUCUCACCUUCCUAAUGCUCUUGGCCAAAGGGAGACUUUUUCAUCAGAUGCUGGUGACUCGAGAUCAAAACAAAGUUUAUCUAAUCAGGGUAACCGAAAGCCUUCAGCUCAAAGAAAGUUUCAGUAUCAUCCAAUGGGAAACUUAGAUGAAGAUGUUGGAAUGCCCUAUGGAAGAACACAAGCUGCCAAUACAAAGGGCAUCCCCCUUCAGCAUUCUCAAGGAAAUUUUGGACAUGCCAAAAUUGGUGGUCAAGGUCAACCCACUAAAGUUUUUGAAGUGGGAAAGGAGCUUGAAGGAGUCCCAAAAGGGUUACAUGAUAUGCGCUUCAAGGGUAUGAUUCCUGGUCAUGUGCCUGAUCUUUUUGCUCCUCAUGACAGAUCAGAUAAGGCAUCUCAACCUAGUCAAAAUAUGCUGGAGCUUCUUCACAAGGUGGAUCAAUCAAGAGACCGUGGAAUUGCAAGGCAAAUGAACUCAUUAGAACGCAAUUUGUCAUCUGAGAUCCCUGAACCAGAAAAUUCUGAUGGAUCUUUUGGAGGCCACCAAAGAAGUCAGUCAUCCAACUCUCAGGGGAUUGGUUUACAACUCGGACCUCCAUCACAGAGGGCUAUGCAGACCAUUAAACCUAAUUCUUUGAGUCAGGCCCAGGCCCAGGCUCAGGCCCAAGCUCAGGCUCAGGCUCAGGCUAAUUCAAGAGGUAAGGGUCAUGUGAAUUUGUCCCCUUUUCCUCCUUUCCAAGAAGCAUCACGUGGAGAAUUCAAAAAUGAUAGAACAAGUAUCUCGGGACAAAGUGCAAGUGAAAGCUCAGGGGGGCAUAAGAUGGGAACCAACUUCUCUGCAGCUCUGGGUACUGAUUUUCCAAAUUCAAGAAAUCAGUUUCAAAACCAGACAAGGGGCACAAAUCAUUCUGGCAAUGAAGGGCAUCAUCAUACUCCUCAAAUCAGGCAAGCAGAUGAAGCCACCCGUGUCAGAUCACUUAACUCGGGUCUUUAUGAAAACUCUGCUUCACAGCCUUCAACAGGGGAGAAAGAGAAAGAGAAAGAGAAAGAGAAAGAGAAAUUCCCUGCUGCUGCUGCUGCUGCUGCUCAGCCUCGUGGAAACUCUCAACAAACUGCAUUCCCAAAAAUGUUGCCCAAUGCAUGGGCCAAUAUCCCAACUCAACAACUUUUUUCAGCAGCCCAAGCUCGCAAAGCCCAAGCCCAAGCCCAAGGCCAAUCAAAUCUUUCCACAUUGCACCCGUUAAAUAUAGUGGAAUCGACAUCUUCAGGUCAGCAGAAUGUAGAGGAACAAAAGCAGCCAACAAAAGAAUCCCCAUCUGAAAAGGAAACGACAGAUGUCAAUGAGUCAUCAUCUCUUAACCCUACUGCAUCUCAGAGGGAUAUUGAAGCUUUUGGUCGUUCUCUUAAACCAAAUACUCUUUAUUCUUUACCAAACCAAAUGAAGGCUAUGGACAAUGACCAAAAUACCCUCAUAUCAAAGAGACCGAAAGACGACAGUGGUCAGCAUGUAGCUCCAUGGUCAGGGCAACCAACAGUCCAAGAUUCUGAGAUUCCUGCAAAAGAAGUAGCAUCUGCAUCUGCAUCUGAUCAAAACGGGUCUCAAAGCAUCCUUCCUGGUGUCAAAAUUGAACACUCUCAUGUAAAUCCCCAAAUGGCUCCAUCCUGGUUUGAUCAAUACGGAACAGUGCUGAAAAGUGGUCAAAUGAUGUCACAAAGACCUGAUGCUGUAAAGACUAUGGAGGCACAUGAUAAGGAACAAGCAAGUGCUGCAGCUGAUCCCAGCCAGGCUGUCGUUAUCUCAAAACCCUUGAUUCCUUCAUCUUUUACACCCGAGCAAUUUGCCUCCCCUCCAUUGCAAACAAACAUCAGUGUUCAAAAUUCGGUUGCUUUGAGAUCAAAGAAGCGCAAGUACUCUACACCUGAACUUCAUCCUUGGCUCAAGGAGGUUUCAGGGGCUUCUAAAAGUCAUCAAGACAUAUGUACUGCUUCAAUGGAAUGGUGUGGAGCAGCGAAUCGGUUGAUGGAAAAGGUGGAAGAUGAUGGUGAAGUGAUUGAAGACGUGCCAAGACAAAAGAGACGUAUUAUCUUAUCAACACAGCUGAUGCAGCAACUGUUUCCUCCUCCCCCAGCCACUAUUCUGUCAACUGAUGCUACUUUGAGUUAUGAGAGUGUGGCUUUUUAUGCGGCUCGAAAGGCUUUAGGAACUGCAUGCAAUUUAGUAUCAUCCGGAACAAGUUGUAAUGAUUCUCAUGGUGGAUCAAAUUCCCUCUCUGAUAAAAGCAAAGAAUCUGAGAAAACCGAGGAUCGUCGUCUUGAAGAAGCUGUGGAAGACUGCGUGAGUAAAUCAAAAAGUCUAGAAAAUGAUUUUUCAAGACUGGAUAAGAGAGCAUCAAUCUUGGAUUUAAGAGUGGAAUGUCAAGAUUUAGAGAAAUUCAGCAUCAUCAAUCGUUUUGCGAAAUUCCAUGGAAGGGGGGGACAAACGGAUGCUGAAGGUUCAUCAUCAACUGCUGAUGCAGCUGCAAAUGCACCAAAACCUUCCCCUCAAAGAUAUGUUAUUGCAGUCCAAUUGCCAAAGAAUCUUCCGGAAAGGGUACAAUGCCUCUCACUAUGAUGAUUGAUUGGUAAUGGUAAUUGGUAAAAACAUCAAGUUGCCCUUUUGCUACCCUCAUCAGUUUUCUUGCACGUAAUGUGCAUGUGCAUUACCAAAAAGUUAUGGAAAAGGCAGGUGGAGGAGAAAGUGAGUAAAAUAGGUUGGGCUUUAGGUUACUUACAUAUUCUUGAGAGAGAGAGAGAGAUACAAGUGUGGGAUUUCCUUUUGGGGUGGGGGGUAGAUGUGGGAAUGAACAGUUGAAGAAGAGCCAAUUAGUUAGCAAAAUUCCAUUUAUGAGUAGUAGAUAAAAUGUUCUAAAUCUCAGAGGUUUAAUGAAUGAAUGAAUGAAUGGAUCAAGAUCAGAUAUGUAUUUUAUGGGAA